GAGACCUGGGAGUCAAUGCCCGCGCUGGGCGUGGCCGGGAACGUGUCGUGUGUGACGGCGCUGGGCGUGAACACCCGUCUCCCCCUCGGCCCCGAGCCCGUACGUGGCCCCGCCCUCUCUCCCCCCGGCGGGCCAGCGGAUGACGUCUCCUUGCUGGAGGUGUUGGGUUUCCUGGGCAAACUGCUGGGCGCAGUCGCCGCGCUGAAAGCAGCAGAGUACCUGCUCCGUGCACUGUGUGCGGUCAUGGCCUGGAAGUCAGGGGGAGCCAACCAUGCCGAGCUGGUCGGCAACCUGCGCAAAAAUGGAAUUAUAAAGUCAGACAAAGUAUUUGAAGUCAUGUUGGCAACUGAUCGCAGACAUUAUGCAAAAUGCAAUCCUUAUAUGGACUCUCCUCAAUCAAUAGGUUAUCAAGCAACAAUUAGUGCUCCACAUAUGCAUGCGUAUGCAUUAGAACUGCUCCAUGAUCAGUUACACGAUGGUGCCAAAGCUCUAGAUGUAGGAUCUGGAAGUGGAAUUCUGUCUGCCUGUUUUUCAAGAAUGGUUGGAGCCAAGGGUCAUGUAGUAGGAAUUGACCAUAUCAAGGAAUUAGUUGAUGAUUCUAUAAAUAAUGUGAAAAAAGAUGACCCAACAUUGUUGUCUUCAGGUCGAGUGAAAUUGUUAGUUGGAGAUGGACGAAUGGGUCUUACUGAAGAAGCUCCUUAUGAUGCUAUUCACGUGGGAGCAGCAGCACCUGUUGUGCCACAAGCUCUUAUAGAUCAGCUUAAACCUGGAGGCAGGCUAAUACUACCUGUUGGUCCCGCUGGAGGAAACCAAAUGUUGGAGCAAUAUGAUAAAUUAGAAGAUGGAAGUGUCAAAAUGAAACCUCUGAUGGGGGUGAUCUAUGUGCCUUUAACAGACAAAGAAAAGCAAUGGUCAAGGUGGAAGUGAUUUUCUGUCCCACUCUUUCUCCUUCCAAACACACACAAGGUGAAAGGGAUGAAUUAUAAUGGCUUCGUCACUCCAAUCCAAACAUAGUAUUAUGGCGUGGUGCUGUACCGCACUCGCCAAAGCUUUUUCUUCAAACUCCACAGUGCAGCUUGUUUUCAAUUUUGUUACCCUGCUAAAAAAAAAAAAAAGAGAGAAAAAAAAAGGCAUGAAUGUGUUUUUCUUUUUUGGCUUUUAAGAAAAAUGUAAACUGUGCAAAUGUAACUUAAAAACUUUCAUCUGAGCAUUUUUUUUAUGCAUUUGCGAACAGAGUGCUUGACUUACUCUGUGCUGAUAAAUCACAUUUGAAACUGCACAUAUUUUGUUUUAAUCUCAUAAUACAUUAAAUUGCAAUGUUAAACAUCAAUGUUAAAUUUGAGAAUGGUUACCAAAUGACACUAUAAUACAUAUGCACACACACACACACACACACACAACGUUUCUGCUAAAUGCUGCUAAAAUGAUAGAACCGAGCUUCCUUCUGAGAGCUUUAUUAUUCACGUGUCAUAGAAUAGCAUGUGGAUGCAGUCAGCAGCUUUAUCAUACUACCAGGAAACGUGUUUGUCUUUUAUUGUCCCUGUGCUCGCAGGUCAUGAAGUCCAGGAGUCUUCAGUGCAUCAGCUAAAGCUGUAGACAAUUGAAUGAUGCUGUUCAGAUUGAACAUUUUAAGAAAUAGUUUUCAUUGUCUUUCAGAAAGGUAAUGAUUGGCAGCUUAUGCUACAUCCAAGCUUUUCCUGUUACUACAGUUUAUACUUCACUGCUAUGUACAACACGUGCUGUGUAAGCCAUGUUCUUGCAAGCGGACAGUUUAUGCAGUUACGCUUUGCCAAAUAAAUUCUAAAACAAAAGAA